AUGUGGAUUUUGCCACCCACAUUUCAGGUGAUAAAGUGGAUCGAGAGGAAAAUACAAUUGGAACAAACUGGCUCUGGAAUAAAGGCAAAUGGGUCAGUACCACAAGCUAAGGCAGACUUUAUCGCAUUGCUUGUGAUAGUUUGGUGGACCUGUAUAAAGCAACAACAAGGCCUGCUUCAGGAUGACACCAUACCACCAUUAACAAAGCCUGAUAAAACCACUGCAAUCACGAGUGAAGAAAAGGCCCAGGUACUUGCCACUCACUUUGCAAGCAAAAUGAGUGUCCCUGACCUCGACCUAAUUCCCCCAUCCGUCCCUCUCUACACUAAAGCCACACUAAAGACCAUCAGCAUUAAAGUUGACGAAGUCAAGAAAAUCCUUCGUCAUUUAGACACGAAUAAAGCUAUGGGUGGGGUCCAGAUAAGCCCCCGUCUGCUCAAAGGUUGUGCUGACCAAUUAGCAGAGCCCCUAUGUAGGCACUUCGACGGCCACCGAUUAUUGAACGAGAAACAGUUUGGCUUUCGGGCAGAGAGAUCAGCCUCUGACCUACUUCUCGUCCAGUCAUCGUCAUGGAGUCAAGCCUUAGAUGAUGGCCAAGACACUUAUGUGAUCGCACCAGACAUCGCUGGCGCGUACGACAGGGUGUGGCACCGUGGCAUCAUCAGCAAGCUAAUGAGCUUCGGUAUCAGUGAGGAGCUCCUGGACCUUCUUCAAAACUAUCUCCAUGGAAGAUCACUUUCCCUGGAGGUGAACGGCCACUCCUCCACCGAGUGCCCCAUUCGUGCCUCUGUGCCCCAAGGUAGCGUCCUCGGACCUCUGCUGUGGAACGUCUUCUUUAAUUACAUCCUGCAACUCAUACCGGAGGCGUCCGCGUAUGCUGACGACUGCACGAUGUCAUUCAUGAGUAAGCGAGACGACCAUCAGCGAACAAUAGCGCGCAUCAAUCAGACGCUUCAGAGCCUUGUGGCGUGGAGCCGGAGAUGGCAGGUGACGCUGGCCCCGGAGAAGACACAAGCGAUGCUCAUCUCCCGUCGGAGGGACCUGGCCCCCUUGCCCGCUCCAAACAUCCUCCUCGACCGCAAAAGAUUGUCUCUGCAGGACUCUAUCAAGACCCUUGGAGUAGAGUUCGAUAGCGGCUUAACAUACACGCGUCACGUCCAGCAAGUGGCUAAAACAGCUGCAUGGAAGCUUGGAUGCAUCCGUCGCAUCAGCCACCUCCUGGACGGGCCUGGUGUAGCAGCACUCUACAAGUCGCAGGUUCGCAGUCUUAUGGAGUAUAGUCCGCUUGUAUGGUCUGCAUGUCCGCCUUCAUAUCUUCUUCUGCUGGAUCAGGUUCAGAGGAGGGCGGAAGCAAUCAUACGCUACAAAACUCGGGAACCGCUGGAUGUCACACUUCAACCAAUGCAACACCGGCGCAAUGUUGGCGGCCUUUGUGUAAUGUAUAAAAUUAACGCAGUGCAGACUCCACAUCUGUCAAGCUUACGCCUUCCUGCUCCACAGGACUCCAGCUACGACACCCGUGGUGGACGCGAGCGACAAGAGCAAGUGCGUGUGCCCUUUGUCAGGACAGAGAACCACCUGCGCUCAUAUCUGCCAAGAUAUGGCCGCCUCUGGGACCACAUGGUCAGGAACACCAGCCUCCAUCACGCAACGUCUCUACAACAGUUCAAGAAUCGCGUCAACACUUGGCUCCUCAACCAAUAG